AUGGCGGACAAGGUGCAGGUCGCCGGUGGCGCUAAUACGGACACACCAGGCAUGCCAUACUACGAGAAGUCACGGCAACAUUUGAAGGAAUUGCUGCAGAAGCGCAAGGUGUUGGAAAGGCAGCUGCACACCCGUGAGGAGGCCAUUUCGCAAAAGGAGUCCGAGUACCUCGAGAACACAAUCAGCGGCAACAUUAUCACGGGCUUUGACAACUACGUCAAGGGCAUCACGGGCGCAGCGGCACAGCGGCGCAAGACGGGCUUGACCGAAGCCAACCGUGUGUUCUCGCGCAGUAGUAUAUCCUACAACACCUCCUUCAAGGACGGCAGCAAUGCUGGCAGCGGCCCGGGCUCCGGCCAGGCGACGCCCACCUCCACCACGGCCAGCAAGGCCGCCCACUCGAAGAAGAAGAAGACCGCAGCAUCUGCAGCAGCCGCCGCGAGUGGCGUUGAUGACAGCGAGACCGACUCUACACGCGAGACGAAGAAAGUGCGGACGAGCUUUGGCACGGUUCGCAAGUGA